AUGCAACACUCAAAUUGGGAUAAGGAAAAUAUUGUAGUUCACUGCUAUAUUCUUAAUAGUCUUCCUAAACACUUGUUGGAGCAAGUAAACAUGGUUGAGAGUAGAGCAGAGAUGCUUCAGACUCUUGAUGACCUAUAUGCUAUGUCCAGCAGUUCCGCUGAACAGAAUGUACUAAGUGCAACAGGUUUUGCUGAGAGUUUUGUUAAUAGGAAAUCCAAGGGUGGUAACAAGAACAUAGCAUCAUACAUGCUGAGAGUAGCACGAUCGGGACCAAUUUAUACAAUGCCAGACACAAGAUUUGAUCCAUGCAAGAGACAAUGCUGGCGUUCUAGAAGGGAGGCAUUGCCUCAAGGAAUUGUUGCUACAACAUCUAACUUGGAAAUGCGGCCCUUAUAUAUGAGUAAUAGAAUUUCAAAGAACCCAUUGAACUUGUUGUCUAUUGCAGCAGGAGUUAAGAAAAAAGCAUUUGUCAAAAAGGGUGUAGCGGCAAAUCUAACGUCAGACAGUGCUCCUCGAUAUGAUGUUUUUGUAAACUUUAGGGGCAAGGACAUCCGCCCCGGUUUUCUUGGCCAUUUGAUUGUGGCUUUUCAAAAAGAGCCAAUAAAUGCCUUUGUAGAUGAUAAACUUGAGCGAGGAUAUAAAGUAUGGCCAUCACUUGUUGGAGCAAUUAAAGACUCAUUCAUUUCGUUGAUCAUAUUCUCAAAAGACUAUGCUUCUUCUAGUUGGUGUUUGGACGAACUUGUGGAAAUAGUUGAGCGCGGAGAAAAAUAUGGACAGAUUGUAGUGCCUGUUUUCUACAAUGUAGAACCCACGGAUGUACGACAUCAAACGGGGAGUUAUGGAAAGACACUUGCUGAACAUGAAAAAAAGUAUAAUUUCCCUUUUUUUUGGUGGAAAAAGUAUAAUUCUACUAGGGUGCAAAACUGGAGACAUGCGUUAACCGAAUCUGCUAAUUUAUCAGGAAUUACGUCAUCAAAAUUUCGGACUGAUGCAGAGCUGGUAAAAGAAAUUAUCAAAACCGUCAAUCUUGAGUUGAAGAAGUUGGAUAAGAACCCAAUUCACUCAAAAGGACUCGUAGGAAUAUGCAAUCCAAUGGAACAUUUAGAGUCAUUGUUACAUCAAGAGUCAAAAGAUGUGCGUAUUAUUGGAAUUUGGGGUAUGGGCGGUAUUGGUAAGACUACCAUUGCACAAGAAGUAUUUAACAAGCUAAGGUCUGAAUAUCAUCGUUGUCGUUUUUUGGCAAGCGUAACGGAAGAAUCAAGAAGACCUGGGAUAAUGUCUUUGAAAGAAAAAUUGUUUUCUAAACUUUUACGAGAUGAUGAUGUGGAAAUUAACACACCAAAUGGAUUGUCCGAAUAUGUUAUAAGGAGGCUUGAUAGUAUGAAGGUUCUUAUUGUUCUUGAUGAUGUAAAUGAUCCAAAUCAACUAGAAGUUUUAGUUGGAGAUCAUGAUUGGUUUGGAACUGGUAGUAGAAUCAUUGUAACAACUAGAGAUAAGCAGGUGUUAGCUAACAAAGUUGAUGAUAUAUACCAGGUUGGGGCAUUGAGUAAUAGUGAAGCACUUGUGCUUUUCAAUUUGCAUGCCUUCAAACAAAAUCAUCUUGAAAUGGAGUACUCUACGCUAUCAAAGGGGGCGGUCAAUUAUGCCAAAGGCAUUCCAUUAGUUCUUAAAGUUUUGGGUCGUCUUCUUUGUGGAAAAGAUAAAGAAGUGUGGGAAAGUCAGCUGCACAAACUUAAAAAUAUGCCAAUUAAGGAAGUUUAUGAUGUAAUGAUACUGAGUUAUAAUGAUCUAGAUCACAAAGAGAAAAAGAUAUUUUUAGAUCUUGCAUGCUUCCUCUGUGGGUUGAAAGUGUAUGUUAUAAAAGAUAUGUUGAAAGAUCAUGAAAGUGAUAAUUCAGUGGCUGUUGGUUUAAAAAGGCUGGAAGACAAGGCUCUUAUAACUAUUUCUGAAAAUAAUGUUGUAUCUAUGCAUGAAAAGUUACAAGAAAUGGCUUGGGAGAUUGUUCGCCAAGAAUCUAGUGAAGACCCUGGAGGCCGCAGUCACUUGAGGGAUGCUGAUGUUCAUGAAGUAUUGUUGAAUGACAAGGGGACUGAGGCCAUUAGAAGCAUACAGGUGAACUUGUUUGCAUUUAAGCCGUUGAAGUUAAACCCUCACAUAUUUGCUAAGAUGAGCAAACUACAUUUUCUGCAAAUUGAUGGCAUAGUUACUUCAGACUACUUGAAUUAUCUCCCUGAAGGGCUUCAGUCUUUGCCAACUGAACUAAGAUAUCUUAAUUGGAUGAAUUACCCUCUGAAAUCCUUGCCAGAGAAAUUUUCUGCUGAAAAACUUGUUCUAUUGUACUUGUCACAUAGUUCUGUGGAAAAACUUUGGGAUGAAGAUCAGAAUCUUACGAAUUUAAAAUGUGUUCAACUUAUUUCGUGUGGAGACUUGAAGGAGCUGCCAGACUUUUCAAAAGCCUCAAAUCUUGAAGUACUGAUUAUCUUUUCGUGUGUUCAGUUGACCAGCAUGCAUCCAUCUAUUUUCUCGCUCGACAAGCUUGAGACAUUGGAUCUAAGUUCCUGCCUUUCCCUUAUAAGACUUGAAACUGAUACCCAUUUAAGCUCCCUCAAAUAUCUCAACCUCGAAGGCUGCACAAGUCUCAAGGAAUUCUCACUAACAGCAGAGAAUAUGAUAGAACUGGAUUUAAGAUUCACGGGUUUGAGUGCAUUGCAAUGCUCAUCUUUUGGACCUCAAAGCAAGCUUGAAAUCCUACGCCUACGAGGAAGUUGCAUUGAGAGCUUGCCUUCAUCCAUCAAGAAUCUUACAAGACUGCGAUAUGUAGAUGUAGGUAAGUGCAGGAACCUUCGGACUCUACCAGAGCUUCCCCCAUCUCUUGAAAAUCUAGAUGCUGGAUGGUGCACAUCACUGAUGACUGUAUUGUUCCCUUCAACAGCCGCUGAACAAUUUAAGGAAAAUAAGAAAUGGGUUACGUUCUGGAAUUGCUUGAAAUUGGAUGAAAAUUCUCUUGUGGCUAUUGCAUUGAAUGCGCAGAUCAAUAUGAUGAAAUUAGCAUAUCAACAUGUUGAAAAUUAUGAUGAUUACAAUGAGCACCAUGAUUCUUAUCAAGCAAUAUAUGCCUACACAUAUCCGGGAAGCAGUGUUCCAGAGUGGUUUGAGUAUAAGACCAUAAAUGAUCAUAUUAUUAUUGAUCUCUCUCCUCCACAUUCCCUUCAGCUGGGCUUCAUUUUCUGCUUCAUCAUUGGCAAGCAAUUUUUUCGUGAUCGUGUGAAAUUUAAAAUCACUAUCCAGGAUGGUGAGGGUGAAGGUAAAAAGGAUAGUGUCGAAAUGUACUUGGAUACUGACGACUCAAUGUUAUUGGAUCAUGUCUGUGUGAGGUACGACAAAGGAUGUUCUCUCUACCUAAACAGCUUAGCCAAAAAUCAGACAAGGUUGAAAGUCAAGGUUACAGUAAGCAUUGCAACCAACGACCAUGAAGAUAGAGUGUUGUUGAAAGGACUCGGGGUCAGCCUAAUUAACACCUCGGCAUAUCACAAUUUCAAGCAACAAAUGGAAUUGCGUGAUUCUAAUUAAAUAUCUCAAUUUCAUUUAACAAAUGGAAUUGGGUUGUGAUUAGUAUCAUCUUGUGUAUUUCCUUCCUGUGGUUUAAGACGAGAAUUUUGAUUUAGAAUAAAGUUUAUUAUUUGAAGUAAUUCGAACCCAAUAGGUUACAACAUUCAAGUUAUAU